UUUUUAACAGUUCAGCCAGGAAGCAGAAGUUUCGGCGCCUUCUUUCCUUUUUUCGGAUUAAUUAUUGUUGUAUUGUUUAAAUAAGCGAUAAUUAAGCUAUAAUGUGCUCCAAGAAUGUACUUGAGUGAUUAAUUAUUACCGGAAUGAAAUCGCACCUGUUUUAGGCAUCGAUGUGUUUCUGGUGUUUAGCCUUAUCAAAUCGGUAAACUGUAAACUUCCAGUGAAAAACUCUCCGAAUACAAAAUGUCAAAUAAACAGAAGCAAGCCGCCGAAUGGAAAAAGAGAGCCCGUUCAGAGUACAUGCGGUUAGUUCAAAUCAAGAGACAUAAAAAAACCGACGAAGUAAAGAUCCAGUGGAACGCCAACUUGCAAAAAUUAUCAGAUCAGCUAAACGGCAUACACCAGAAAUGGGAUCAAAACCGCAAAGCUGUAUGGGAAUGUAGAUUGGAACCACCGUCUAAUGUUGUCCGAAUCAAGAAAGCCAUCUCCAUGAAUACGUUACAAGAAGGCGAAACAACUUCUUGUCCCAUUAAAUUUAUCCACUUAGUGUCAGCUAUUCCUACCAUGUACACUUGGGCACCGAUUCAGCAAAAUUUCAUGGUUGAAGAUGAAACUGUUUUGCAUAACAUUCCCUACAUGGGUGACGAGGUUCUCGAACAAGAUGGCACGUUUAUCGAAGAAUUGAUCAAAAAUUACGAUGGGAAAGUACAUGGUGACAGAGAAGGUGGUUUCAUAGAUGAUCAGACGUUCUUAGAACUAGUUAAUUCGCUGAUCACUUAUCAAAUUAAAGAUCAGGAGGAAGAGACAAAAUCGACCGAUAAAAAGAACAUCAAAGACACUACUUUUGAGGAAGCCAAGAAACCUUUUCCGUCGAGCAUUGUUUUCCAAACGAUUUCCUCCAUGUUUCCAGAAACUGGCAAACCCGAAGAAUUGAAAGAAAAGUACAUUCAAUUGACCGAAUAUACUGAUCCUAAUGCUUUGCCAACCGAAUGCACCCCUAAUAUUGAUGGUCCUGCUGCUGAAUCAGUGCCAAGAGAACAAACCAUGCAUUCUUUUCACUCGCUGUUUUGUAGACGAUGCUACAAAUAUGAUUGCUUUCUUCACCGAUUGAAGUCUCAUCAUUCUGGACCGAAUGCUUUAAAAAGAAAAGGACCAGAUUUGAUGCUGUUCCCUGAACCCUGCGGUUCAGAUUGUUAUAUGCUGCUGGAUGGUAUGAAAGAAAAACUAGCUGCAGCUGCUGCCAAAGCUGAAUCGGAAGCGAGUGAUAUAAAAGACGAGGAUGACGACGAAGAUUACGACAACUCCAUUAUCGAGCAUUUAUCUCGCAGUAGACGACGUUCUAGCGACGCGGCUUCGCUAAGUCAUCUGGAUACAAAACCGGAUUCUAAUUCGGAUCAAAAAUCCGUUCCAAGGACUCAAAGUUUGGACACUUCGAACAGACCUCUAAAAGUAAAAAAACAAAUAUCCAUCGAUUCGGGAAAUGACGCUAGUUCCGAAGACAGUAACGACAGUAAAGAUGAAAUUAUUCCAGAUAGUAAUAUUGAUCAACCCGAGCAAGAUAAACCAGUUUCUACCACGACUUCGUUCUCUUUACUCAAAGUAUUGGGUUCAGAUAUCACCGAAUGGACUGGAUCUGAUCAAUCGCUGUUUCGGGCUUUGCAUAAAGUUUUCUUGAAUAAUUAUUGCGCCAUUGCCCAAAUCAUGCUAACCAAAACAUGUCAACAAGUGUACCAAUUUGCCCAACAAGAAGCCGGUGAUUUAAAAGCCGAAGACAUUAUGAAAGAUCUAACUCCUCCAAGGAAGAAGAAAAAGCAAAAACAUCGUCUAUGGUCCGUUCACUGUCGAAAAAUACAACUCAAGAAAGAUAAUUCGUCAAACCACGUGCAUAAUUUUACCCCAUGCAGACAUCCUCCGACGCAACCCUGCGAUCAGUCAUGUCCUUGCGUCGAAGCUCAGAAUUUCUGUGAGAAAUUCUGUCGCUGCAGUUCGGAUUGUCAGAAUAGAUUUCCAGGAUGCCGAUGCAAGGCUCAGUGUAAUACUAAACAGUGUCCAUGUUAUUUGGCGGUUCGUGAAUGUGAUCCGGAUCUUUGCCAAACUUGUGGAGCUCACGAAUUCGACGUUAAUAAAAUUUCCUGUCGGAAUGUCAGCGUUCAAAGAGGCUUACAUAAACAUUUAUUAAUGGCUCCUUCGGAUGUCGCUGGUUGGGGUAUUUUCUUAAAAGAUUCUGCCCAAAAGAACGAGUUCAUUUCCGAAUAUUGCGGUGAGAUAAUUUCUCAAGAUGAAGCUGACCGAAGAGGCAAAGUUUACGAUAAAUACAUGUGCAGUUUCUUAUUCAAUUUGAAUAACGAUUUUGUGGUGGACGCAACUAGAAAAGGAAAUAAAAUCAGAUUUGCUAACCAUUCUAUCAAUCCAAACUGUUAUGCCAAAGUAAUGAUGGUAAAUGGAGAUCACAGAAUCGGUAUUUUUGCUAAAAGAGCCAUACAACCUGGAGAAGAAUUAUUCUUCGACUACAGAUAUGGACCUACCGAACAAUUGAAAUUUGUUGGAAUAGAACGUGAAAUGGAAUUUCUGUGAAACAGAUUCUCGUUCUUUUUGUUUUAAACGUUCACGAACGAUAAAAUAAUAAAUAUGUUAUUGCCA